UGGGACCCAUGCUCUCGCAUCAAUUAGAUGGCCGCUAAUUGACCACCCUAACCACGUCGCAGACUGGCUAAUAGCAAUACUCCCUUCAUCGAGUGAACCGAGGGGCUGCCUACUGCUAUAUAGGCGCUCCAUAAAGUACAUUAAAUGCAAUGUCGGGUAUCGCAUCCAGAUACCCGGCAUCCACUUAAAUGUUUAACGCAAUCUAGAAACCAAUUCCUCGUUGCGUAUAUCAGACCUUCUCCUCGUCCCCUCGCUGUGCUUGACGCUCCUGUUUCAACGUUCCAGGUACCAUUCAAUCAAUAUGCGAGUCCGACUAUUUUCAUUGCUGAGCACGCUCAGUGCCCUCACCUGUGCACAGUGUGCAGAGCCAGCCCAGAAUACCACAGCCCAGAAUACCACCACCAUGCCGCGUACUCAACCCGUCCUAGGCGCCGUUGGAAUCGCCGUCUCCAACCUGAAUGUCUCGAUGGACUUUUACACGAAAGUGCUUCCCUUCGUCGACACCGGUGUCUCGUACGAUCUCCCCCAAUUCCUCGAGAAGGUGGUUGCCCUCCCGGCCCCGAACUCCGGAAGCUCCGUCGUCCUGAUGCAAUGGAAAACCCCACGGAACACGACCAACAUUCCCGUCAAACUGGCCCUCUAUGUCGAGGACGUCCACGAGUCCAUGGAAAAGGUUCGGGCAUACGGAAACGAGAUCCUCUUGGAGGCGGGAUCGGGCCGCAUCGGGACUGUUUCGCUUCCUACUGGCAUGGCCCGAGACCCGGAUGGCUAUAUCUUGGAAUUCAAUCCGCUCUCUAUUCUUUCCCCAAAGCAGGCUCUUUGAGUGUCGACGCGAUGAUUGGGGAUCUGUGGAGCUGUUAGUGGAUGAGGGAUGGUAUAUGUUCAUGGAACUCAAGGAAUAUCAAAGAAUCUAGUUCGGAGGAACAAAAGUCAAAAGACAUGUUAGCAUAAUUCAGCGGCUACUUAAUUAGUCAUAUGGUUGUGAGAAGCUGCAUAUCGAUUGGGCGCGUUUUGAGUUGACAAUAGACUUUUCGAUCCUCUGUGAUAGACGCUGUUGGCUUCUGAACGAAUCGACCGAGUCCAAUUAUUGACCGUGAAGACAAUAAUAACGUAUAUAUACACUGGAAUGGAAGCAAGUGCUUCGUUACGGAAAUUUUUAUUAAAGUCUCGA